AUGAACAACGCAUUGACUUCGGCCAAUGCCGAAUCGCCUUCUGCCAAUCCGCCGGCACACGUGAUGAACGGCUUCGGACUUUCACGCAACCGCACUCCGGCCAAUGCUCGAGCUUCAGCCGAGGUGCCUCUCGACAUAUUCGAACGUGAUGGGGGUCCGGCCCGCCGAACUAGGAGUGCUACGAAUGCGCACAACCAUCUGCUGCAGUCCAGAAACGCUGAACAAGCCUCUGCAGUGGAAGAAGAGCCCAAACCCAAAACCGUGGAGGGCACUGCAGAUGCACGUAAAGCUGCCUUAUCACACCACUCGGGCUCCAACACAGAUGUGGACGUCUACGAGUGUCCGAUGUGCUUUGAGCCCGUCAGGCUCCGCGAACCCAUGGCCACUAAAUGCGGUCACGUGUUCUGCAGUGUCUGUAUAGUGGCCGCACUCCACCAAUCUCACAAGUGUCCUUUGUGCAACAAGGAGAUGACCAAAAGCCAACUGUUCCGUAUUUAUCUUUAAACGCGCUACAUUAUUAUUAUUCGUGAUUGUUUUCUUAACAUUCACUUUUGAGUAACACUCGUUAUUUCCUUCACAU